UCGUGAAUUUCAUGAGCAGACCUAUUUUUUUCUAAAACGUUUACGUAUGGCUGUGAUCAUUAAUACGACGUAUGUGUGGCGAAGAGUGAAUAGAAAUGGAGAUAGUUAAGGACUUGAUUUACAUUGGCUCGAUCUCAGUAGCUGCACUCUUGAUCGCAAUAGUAUUCCUGCUCAUCUCGCUGAAACUAGGCGUAUACUGUCGCGCGUACUGGAUUCGUACGCCUUCCUCGACAUCAUUCCACAAUCCUAUUUACGAAGAAUUCCAGAGCUCUCCGCGGCGGAUGAGUGAAGAGCUAACCGUUGACAGUAGGCCCAAAUCAUUGCCAGCGCCUAUAAAACCUGUCGACAAUUUUCACCGCGUGACAAAAGCACUCUACAAGAGCCAAUUUGAGAUUUUAAUUACAGACAAUUAGAAACGAUAGCAAUAAUGUUCAAUCGAUAGUGCUUCCAUUAGCUGCCGAACCAUACAAAGUACAAAUAUACAGAAGGAAAUUUCCUAUAACAAGCUCUAUCAGAAGCCUAAAUGGGCCGAUGAACCAAUAUGAAACACCAAAAACUGCAUUUUGUCGGCUAAUUUAAAACCAUAACCAAGCCAUAGGCUGACCUAGCAGAACACUGAAUUUUCAACGGAGAUCAUGCUUCUUCUAAGCUCUAAUGUAAAGAAAAUAGUCAUUGUGAGGAUCGGGGUCUGCAGUCACAAGACUAACAUUUAUUACGGGGGGUGUCAUUCGAAAAUACGCUUCGUUCCUUAAAUAAUGUUUUCACGCUAUAUAUUAUUAUUUGGAACCAUUAUUUGGGAUGAUGAGUUUAUUCAGCGCCUGUGAGACAUAGACCUAUGUUCGACCUCACUAUAUGUGCUGUCUAUAUCAAUCAAUGCACGUGUGUUUUCAGUGUAACUCAAUGAUGUCAUGAAAACAUUUUCAUUAUUAAUGCCUUAGUACAUUCUUUCCUUUUCUAUAUCUCGUCGUAAAAUGAAGCUUACAGUCGUUUAUAUCUCAAGUGUUGUAUAAAGGGUCACUAAAGUAUAGCAGUACACUAUCUUAGUUUAUAAGUGUACCGCUUUGUUUGUCAAAACAGGUUUGCAAAUAUAUUCAUGAUUAUAUUUUAUCUAUGGCUAAAUGUAAUAGCGGUAACAAGUUUAUGAAAAUCAGCAAAUGAUAACAGGUCAUAACGCGGCUUUAAGUGCUUCAAAGUUUUACCCCUCAUGUUUAUGCCAUUUACAUUGCUUCGUCAUAGUCCUUUGAGUCACAUCGAAAGGCUAUACAUAUAAACGAGUGAAGCUGCUCCUGCUAUGUGCAUUUCUUAUUCUAUAAUUUAGAAUAGAAGGUUUUUUUUUAGGGUGCAGUUUUUUUUUAGGCGCAAAAUUCAAAUAUUUACCAAAUAAUUCGCAAAACUAUUAAAAUCAAUAGAUAACCUUAAACCGAAAGGCGGAAGUAACUGCUUGACAAUUUAACAAGGUAAUUAUUAAUCCCUAAAUAACGAAAUUUAUCUAUCUGAAAUCAAUGGUUGUAAAGCUAAAGAAUUUUUAUAUCGAAGCGUACUAGAUUUUAGGUCGAAAUUAAUGAUUUCAUUCAACAUCAUGUUGGCGGAUUACAAAUUUGUUUGUAGUGAAUGUUUAGAAGUCAUGUGUAUCGCGCUAGAAGAAAAGCACCGUCCUUUAGUUGAAUGAUGUGUUUAGAAAGGGCUAAAUUGAUGCUUUAUAAUAAACAUAAAUUGCGACCCAUUUUUAGAAAGGCAUGCGUGACCAAGACGCUUGUUGGGUCAUUAGGCGAUGCGUCGAGGAGUUGUAAGGCUACGAUAUGCAUGGCCCACUCACUCAUGACGUCAAUAGGAAAAUGGUCCUACAGACGUAUUUUGUCGGGAAAUAAUCCACGUUUUCGGUCUCUGGACACGCUCAAAACCUCUCGUCUAUCAGUAUAAAAGGCGAGCACAACCUUACUGGUUUCAGUUCAUCGGUCGGUAGCGACGACAGUGGUGAGCAAUUAUAUUUCUGAUCACUUCCGCUAUGCAAUUCCGUCAAUACUUCAUCGUCGUGUGCCUGAUCGCGGCGCCUUGCUGCGCCCAUCUUGACGCCCGUGUACGUCAAGAAUCUUUAUGGACCGGAUUUAGCCCAACACUUGGCCCAGACAUUAGGAAAGGUGGCACCUACACUCGCGAUAUUGACUGGAAUCGCUGCGAGAAGCUACAAAACAAUAACAGUCCGACCAGGGUACAAAACUGUGGCUACGUGAGCCAUCAUUCAGUGAUGGCAACUCCAUGGAAACGAAUGGAAUUCGCAAAUGACAGAAGGGAAGUCUGUUUCGAAACUCGCAUGAAGCACCUAAACCGAGAUAACGACCAAAAAGAAAAUCAGGAUCGUAUCGAUACCCGAGCCCGUGAAGAGAGCUUUUGGUCUGACUCCCGCAUGGAGCGUUCUGAACGAGAUGAUGCACCUGCUGAUGCGAGGCAAAUCCGAGACAAUGACCGGAGAGAAAAUCAGGAACGCCUUGAUUAUCGAGCCUAUAAAAAGAGUUUUCGAUCUGACCCCCUCGUGGAACGUCUUGGACGAGAAGACAGUCAUUCUGAUAUGAAGCGGGUCCAAGAGAAUAAUCGUAGAGAAAAUCAAGAGCAUUUCGGUACUCGAGCCCGUGAACAAAGCCUUCGAAUUGACUCUCGCAUGGAGCAUCUUGAGCGAGACAAUACUCGUGCAGAUGCAAAGCGAGUCCGAGACAUCGACCAUAGAGAAAAUGAAGAGCGUUUCGAUAGCCGUAAGGAACGUUUUCGCUCCGACUUCCGCAUGAAACGUGUUAUACUAGAAAAUGAUCGUAGAGGAAGACAAGAGCGUUUCGAUACCCGAGCUGAUAAAAAGAACUUUCGCUUUAACUCUCGCAUAGAGCGUCUUGAACGAGAAGAUAUUCGUGCAGAUGCAAGGUGGGCCCGAGAAAAUGAUCGUAGGGAAAACCAUGAACGUUUCGGUAUUCGAGUUCGUGAAGAGAGUAUUCAUUCCGACCCUUCCAUGGAGCGUUCCAUACUAGAAAAUUACCGUAGAGAAAACAAGGCAAGUUUCGAUACUCGAACUUUUGAAAAAGAUCUUCGCUUUGGAUCUCGCAUUGAACGUCUUGAACGAGAAGAUACCCUUGCUGAUGCAAAGUGGGUACGAAAGAAUGACCAUAAAGAUGAUCGAGAGCGUCUCGAUACCCGAACCCGUGAAGAGAGUUUUCGCUUCGACUCCCGUAUUACGCCAGAAAAUAAUCGUAGGGAGGAUAAACAACGUCUGGAUACUCAAGCCCGUGAAGAAAAUCUUCGUUUUGACGCCCGCAUGGAACGCCUUCAACGAGAAGAUACCCGUGCAGAUACAAGCCGGGUCCGAAACGAUGACCACAGAAAAAAUCAAGGAGGCCUCGAUACCCGAGACCGUAAAAAGGGUCUGGAAAUACGAUCCGUAAAGACUCAAGAUCAAGCCAGCUCUAUCAAAAAUCUUGCAGGAUAUCAGGAUGACGCUAAAGUGAGAUCUGCCUUUGACAUCGUGCUUGCAACUUAUGGUGAUGACAUUUCAAAGACCUACACAGAGAUGGAGUUUGAUACAGAGGACAACGUGCAAGAAACCUUGGCUAAAGGUACGACCAUUGGACAGUCGUUGUUGGACACCGUUUUGAAUGCAGCUCUGAUGGCUGCGGUAUAUCAUUUUAAACCUAUACAAUUUCAUUCAAAAGAUAUUUUUGGAAAAGUCUACUAAAUAAGCCUAAAUGCUGCAUAGUAAGGCAUUGCUUACUUGUAUUUUUGGCUUCUCGUGUCUCAUUGUUAUCUUAUCAAUAAA